AUGUCCUAUUCAAGAUUUAAUUCUACUUCAGGAACUUCACCUUUUGGUGUAACUAGCACUGCAGCUAGUCCUUUUGGUGUACAAACUUCCUCGACAGCCAAUGUUGGUUUUAAUAACUUUGGUAAUACUCCAGCAACAAGUGCUCCAACAUUUGGUGGAUUUGGUUUCGGUGCACAGCAAUCUUCAACUACUACAAAGCCAGCUUUUGGUUUUGGCGGAGGAUCUUUUGGACAAACCGCCUCACAACCGACUGGUUUUGGAUUUGGCCAAACGUCACAACCAGCCAGUGGAUUUGGCAGUGGAUUUGGACAAACCUCACAACCUUCGGGAUUUGGAUUUGGUCAGACAACACAACCAUCGGCUGGCGGAUUUGGAUUUGGACAACAACCACAAUCUACUACCGGAUUUGGAUUUGGACAAACGGCUACCACACAGCAAACUGGUUUUGGCUUCGGCGCGUCCAAACCCAAUGCAUUUGGUAGUGGGUUUGGACAAACUUCACAGCCCACAGGAUUUGGAUUCGGACAACAACCACAAUCUACCACUGCCGGGUUUGGAUUUGGACAACCGGCUACCACACAGCAAACUGGUUUUGGCUUCGGCGCGACAAAACCCAAUGCAUUUGGUAGUGGAUUUGGACAAACUUCACAGCCCACAGGAUUUGGAUUCGGACAACAACCACAAUCUACCACUGCCGGAUUUGGAUUUGGACAACCGGCUACCACACAGCAAACUGGUUUUGGCUUCGGUGCGACAAAACCUAGUGGAUUUGGUGGAUUUGGACAAACCACACAACCUACAGGAUUUGGAUUCGGACAGACAACACAGCAAACGGGAUUUGGCGGAUUUGGUCAAGCAACACAACCCACGCAACCUACAGGAUUUGGAUUCGGACAGACAACACAGCAAACGGGAUUUGGCGGAUUUGGUCAAACAUCACAACCCACGCAACCUACAGGAUUUGGAUUCGGACAGACAACGCAACCAACGGGAUUUGGAUUUGGUCAAACAUCACAACCAACAGCCGGAUUUGGUGGCUUUGGACAAACGUCACAACCCACAGGAUUUGGAUUCGGACAACAACCACAAUCUACCACUGCCGGAUUUGGUUUUGGACAAUCUAAACCUAGUGGAUUUGGAUUCGGGCAGACAUCACAACCAACAGCUGGAUUUGGUGGUUUUGGACAAACGUCACAACCCACAGGGUUUGGAUUCGGUCAAACAUCGCAAUCAACUGGUGGAUUUGGUUUUGGACAAUCUAAACCUAGUGGAUUUGGAUUCGGACAGACAUCACAACCAACAGCUGGAUUUGGUGGUUUUGGACAAACGUCACAACCCACAGGAUUUGGAUUCGGCCAAACAUCGCAAUCAACUGGUGGAUUUGGUUUUGGACAAUCUAAACCUAGUGGGUUUGGAUUUGGUCAAACAUCACAACCAAGUGGGUUUGGAUUCGGACAGACAUCACAACCUGGAGGUGGCUUUGGAUUUGGACAAACCUCGCAGCAGGGUGGCUUUGGCUUUGGACAGUCGUCGCAACCUAGUUUAUUUAAUUUCGGUCAGGCCUCACAAUCAACGAUGCCUCAGUUAAAUCUUGGCGGCUUUGGAUUGUCAACUCAGCCUGGCGCUUCAAUUGUUGGUGUAGGUGCCGGUUCUUUGCAACAUAGUUUAAUCACAACAAAACCAAGCAAGUAUUUUUCUUAUUUCGCAAAAGUUUAUUGCAUAUAUCAACAGCAAUUACAACAUCGGACACCUGUGCAAGAACUACAUGAAUUAAUGAAUUCUUGGAAUAUAUACAGUCCUCAGUGUCAAUUCAUUACUUAUUUCUUUAAUCUAGCAAAUCCCGGUUCAGCGCAAUAUUUCCAACCACAACAACAGCAACGUUGGACACAAGAACUUUGGGAGGAAGCACAAAAGCAUAACUUGGAUAAAACCAUAAUGAUGCCAAUUGUAGCUGUUGGAUUCGAGGACUUUAAAAAACGGAUUAUUGACCAUUUAAAUAGUAAAAACGAUAUUUCUGCAAGAUUAAAGGAUAUCGGAAAUAAAAUCGAGUCAAUACAAAUUAAACAUAACCUAGAAACGACAGUGAAUUUGGAAAAUCAAAAACGGAAACAUAUGGAAUUAACGCAACGAGUUAUUAAGCUGAUGAAACGAAUCCAAGUAGUACGUCUCAGAGGAACUUUGAUUCGUUCAGGCGAAGAACAACUUAAAGGUCGUUUAGAAGAAAUCAAACAAAAUUUGUUAAUGCCGAUGGUUAAACUUGAAGACAUUAAGACAAAAUAUAGUAUAUUGAAAUUACAUUGGGAUAAUCGAGAACCAUUAGUAGCUCAUAAAUAUAACACUGUUGAUGAUCAUCAAUUAGAAAAUAUUGUAAAGGUUCUCGGUGCUGAACAAACAGGAAUAGUACACGAUAUUGAUACAUUAAAGAAGGAUUCAAAAGAUAUUGAUGUGAUCAUUAAGAACUUAAAUGAAAUCGUUAAAUUGUAG